AUGGAGAUUGUGGUGUUUGGUACAAAGGUCAACCCCGUCAGCUCAGCACAAAACCUGCUGCACAAAGUCAUCGAUCUGUGUAUCCAACCAUGUAUUCAUCAGAUCACCACAGAGAAUGCUAAAUUAUCUUCAUCAUCACUGGAUCUUCGACCCAGCUAUCACAACGAGUCCACGAAGACGAUAAAGAGCAGAGCUGGAGAGACUCGGGUCCUGGACAGAACAGACGAGAAAACUAACAACAAAACAGGAGAGACUCAUCUUUCACACGUGCACAUGGAGGUCUCCGGUCAGUGGAACAGCGUGGACCACGAAUGCAUGGUGGAUGAGGACUGUGGGGACCUGAGAUACUGCCUGUAUGAAAUGGAGAACUCCAAGUGCCUCCCCUGCAUACCAACAGAUAUGCCGUGCACAAAAGAUGAGGAGUGUUGCUCAGAUCAGAUGUGUGUUUGGGGCCAGUGUACCAUGAACGCCACCAGAGGAGCCGAGGGGACGAUCUGUCAGGGACAGAGCGACUGCAGGCCGGACCUCUGCUGCGCUUUCCAACGAGAGUUUUUGUUUCCUGUCUGUAACCCCAAACCUGUGAAGGGGGAGCCCUGUCUGAACCACCCUAACUUACUGAUGGACAUGCUGGCCUGGGAUCAGGAGGGUCCUCGGGAUCACUGUCCGUGUGCCGACAACCUUCAGUGUCAACCUCAUGGUCGUGGAUCUGUGUGUGGAGAUUAGAACAGCAGAAGAUGCACUGAACUGGUCCGGUGACUCGGCAAAGACUUUUAACAUCAAGAUCAGCUGGUUUUAAAGGUCCGAUGUCACUUCAACUCAACGCUUGCACUCGUUGUAUAAUUUAUGCCUUACUGAGAGAGUGUAUUAUGUAACGAAAAUAAAAUAAAACACUUGAUUUUAGUUUU